AUGAAUAAUAUUUCAAGUUUAUCAAAAUUAAUAUAUUAUAAUAUUGAUUGUUUUUCGAUAGGUCGAACAAAUUUUUCUCGAAUGACACUGAUAUCAUUAACAAUUGAAUAUUUAUUUAUAAAAAAUAUUUAUUGUGAUUUAAAUGAUUUAUCACAUUUAUUUAAACAUAAACCUCAUCUUAAAAAACUUUAUCAAAAUAUUGAAUGCAAUUUUAAAAAUGAACAACUUCAUAUUAUAUGUUCAUCAAUUAUUUCAUUGAAAUUAAUUUUUGAAGAUUCAAAAUAUUCAAUUGAAAAUCUUUUAUAA